AUGGCCACUCAUGGAUCAUAUAGUAUUCUUUGUGCCCUGGCCCUUUAUCUAAUGGCUGCUGCUUUGGCAGCAGCAGAUUAUGGUGAUAACCAUCAUCACCAUAAGUCUCCGCAUCACCAUUAUAAGUCACCUUCAUCAUCAUGGUUGCCUCCAUAUCUUUAUAAAUCUCCACCACCGCCAUCGUCUUAUAUUUAUUCAUCUCCUCCACCACCACCUUAUGUUUACAAGUCGUCCCCGCCUCCUCCUUAUGUCUACUCGUCUCCACCACCGCCGCCUUACAUUUAUAAGUCUCCUCCUCCACCUCCUUAUGUUUACACAUCUCCACCACCACCACCCUAUGUUUACAAAUCUCCACCACCACCUCCUUAUGUUUACUCUUCUCCUCCACCACCACCUUACAUGUACAAGUCUCCUCCACCCCCUCCUUAUGUUUACUCAUCCCCUCCUCCACCACCUUACGUUUACAAGUCACCUCCUCCACCACCAUACGUUUACAAGUCACCUCCUCCACCUGCAUAUGUGUACUCUUCCCCUCCUCCACCAUCUUACGUUUACAAGUCACCUCCUCCACCUUCAUAUGUUUAUAAGUCACCUCCUCCACCUGCAUACAUCUACUCUUCUCCUCCUCCACCAUCUUACGUUUACAAAUCUCCUCCUCCACCUGCAUACGUUUACAAGUCACCUCCUCCACCAUCAUACGUUUACAAGUCACCUCCUCCACCAUCUUAUGUUUAUAAGUCACCUCCUCCACCUGCAUAUGUGUACUCUUCCCCUCCUCCACCUGCAUACGUUUACAAGUCUCCUCCUCCACCUGCAUAUGUGUAUUCUUCCCCUCCUCCACCAUCAUACAUUUACAAGUCACCUCCUCCACCAUCAUACGUUUACAAGUCACCUCCUCCACCAUCUUAUGUUUAUAAGUCACCUCCUCCACCUGCAUAUGUGUACUCUUCCCCUCCUCCACCUGCAUACGUUUACAAGUCUCCUCCUCCACCUGCAUAUGUGUAUUCUUCCCCUCCUCCACCAUCAUACAUUUACAAGUCACCUCCUCCACCAUCAUACGUUUACAAGUCACCUCCUCCACCAUCUUAUGUUUAUAAGUCACCUCCUCCACCUGCAUAUGUGUACUCUUCCCCUCCUCCACCUGCAUACGUUUACAAGUCUCCUCCUCCACCUGCAUAUGUGUAUUCUUCCCCUCCUCCACCAUCAUACGUUUACAAGUCACCUCCUCCACCAUCAUACGUUUACAAGUCACCUCCUCCACCUGUAUAUGUGUACUCUUCUCCUCCUCCACCAUCUUACGUUUAUAAGUCACCUCCUCCACCUGCAUAUGUGUACUCUUCCCCUCCUCCACCUGCAUACGUUUACAAAUCCCCUCCUCCACCAUCUUACAUUUACAAGUCUCCUCCACCACCUGCAUAUGUGUACUCUUCCCCUCCUCCACCUACAUACGUUUACAAGUCUCCUCCUCCACCUGCAUAUGUUUACUCUUCCCCUCCUCCACCAUCUUACAUUUAUAAGUCACCUCCUCCACCAGCAUACGUUUACAAGUCACCUCCUCCACCAUCUUACGUUUAUAAGUCUCCUCCUCCACCUGCAUAUGUGUACUCUUCCCCUCCUCCACCUGCAUACGCUUACAAGUCUCCUCCUCCACCAUCUUACGUUUACAAGUCUCCUCCUCCACCUGCAUAUGUUUACAAGUCCCCUCCUCCACCUGCAUAUGUGUAUUCUUCCCCUCCUCCACCUGCAUACCUUUACAAGUCUCCUCCUCCACCAUCUUACGUUUACAAGUCACCUCCUCCACCUGCAUAUGUGUACUCAUCCCCUCCUCCACCAUCUUACGUUUACAAGUCACCUCCUCCACCUUCAUACGUUUAUAAGUCGCCUCCUCCUCCAAGUGUUUAUUAA